GUACUUUAAAAAAUUAAAAUGGCCAAUUUCAUCACUCUACAGCCAUUGUAUUCCAGUUCCAAUUGGUUGUUGACAUAAUAAGUAUUAGCAUCUUGUCAAACUUCAAAACAAAAAUAUCAAAAAUCAUUUUCAUUAUAUUCAUUUGGUAUUUGUUUCAAAGCUGAAAUUAUUUCAUAUAAAUAUUAGGAUUAGAACUUGAUUUGAAGUGGUUUAAAGAAAGAUAAUUUUAUUUUUAUAAUAGAAAAUAGAUCAAAUAUGGAGUUCAUGAAGCUUUUCUUAGUUGCAUUAGCCCCACUUUUGAACAUUUUUAUCAUUGCUGCUCUUGGUGCAAUCCUUGCACUUCAAAGCAUUGGUAUACUGCGAAAGAAUGCCAAGAAGCACCUCAAUAUUAUCGUAUAUUUUGUCUUCACUCCAGCUCUUCUUUAUAGCCUCCUGGCAAACAGUAUAACUUUGGGGAGCUUGGUUAUGUUGUGGUUCUUGCCAUUAAACAUUCUUCUAAGAUAUAUUAUUGGGUCAACUCUUGCAUGGUUUCUUAAUAAAACAAUUAGAGUUCCUCGUCAUCUUCAUGGCCUUGUGAUGGGUUGUUGUGCUGCAGGAAAUAUUGGCACUUUGCCUCUGAUCAUAGUUCCAACUAUUUGUAUAGAAGGAAGUCAUCUUUUUGGAAAUGUGGAUGUUUGCACUCGUAAUGCACUAGCAUUUACUUCUCUAACAUCUGCAGUAGGACACAUUUGUUGUUGGUCUAUUGUGUACAACUUUCUUCGCAUAUAUUCACUUAAGCCCAGUGUAGUCAAAUUUGAUGAAUCCACAAAAAAUAAUGAAAUUGGUAUUCUAGAAAACAUUUCAAAAUGUUCCAAAAAAGCAUUGAGCUCAAUUGAGGAAAAAUCACUUCCUAGUGAUUGCAUUGAUCAUCUUGAAAUAGAAUGUAAAGUAGUCGAUGGACAAGAAAAGGUACAAGAAAAGUCAAACAUUAUGAAACAUCUGAAAAAUUUUACUGACAGGAACAACUUGAAAGCACUAUUUGCACCUGCAUUGUGGGGAGUGGUCGUUGGUGUGAUAAUUGGUAUAGUUCCUCAAUUAAGAAAAGUUCUAAUUGGUGAAAGUGCUCCUCUUCAUAUGCUUCAUACCUCUGUAGCUAUGCUGGGGGAUGCAUGCAUUCCAACAAUGAUCUUAAUAGUUGGGGCAAAUCUUCUUAAGGGUUUAAAGGGAAUAGGAAAAAUGGUUCCACUUGUUGUUGGCAUUAUUUUGGUUAUGUAUGUUGCAUUGCCAUCAAUAGGUAUAGGAAUUGUGAAAGGUGCAAUUCAUUUCAACUUGAUAAGCUCUGAUCCAUUAUAUCAUUUUGUUUUACUUCUUCACUAUGCUGUUCCUCCAGCUGUAUCCGUCAGUACAAUGACUCAAUUGUUUGGAGUUGGUAAAAGUGAAUGCUCUGUUAUCAUGUUUGCAACCUAUGCCUCAGCUCCAAUUUUGCUUACACUUUGGUGCACAGUCUUCAUGUGGCUUGUACUAUAAAUAAUUAAAUAUAUUCUCUUGCAUUUAAUUUUUUGUGAUUCACUCAUGCCUCACUGUUAAGGCACUGUGCCUGGAGAGCCACAAAAAAAAAACAAACUAUAGUUUAGCUAAAUUAGCACUGAAGUAGAAGAGUUACAAUAUUUGCACAACAUAGAAAGUGUGCAUUGUUUUCAUAAAUACUAAGGAUUGCUAAUCUCAAUAUCAAUAAUACAUAAUUUAUUAUUUUUUCAAAAUA